UUUUGUAACGUCUUCUUGCUCUCGCCACCUCUCUCUGUCUCUUCUUUCUACAGAGUACAGUCAUUCUGCAAUCUUCUAACUACCACCACCUUAUAAAAUCACCCAAAAUAACACUCCCUAAUUAAUCUCUCUCCUAAUCCAACUCAUUAAUAAUAGAUAAUAAAAACGAAAUUUUGCUCCAACUCCUUCACCUACGGUUGCUUUAUCUUCAUAAUCCCUUCCCCAGUAAGUACGUUACUUGAUUAAUUAUUAGUAUUGGUAUUAGAAUUCCCUUAAAAGACUUCUGCCCUCCUCCGCCUCCUCGUCCUUCAUUCAAGCUCUUCUACUGUCUCUCUGUUUCUCUCUCACCGACGGAAAGAUGCGACGGUGUUUGACGACGUCGCUUCUUUCCGCUGCCAUCUCCGUCGCUCUCCUCUGCUCCUUCUACGUACAUCUAUUCCGCGACCUCAUCCCCUACGCCGACGACGAGGGCACUCCGGCGACGGCCUUCUCUCACGACGCCGCCUUCAACGCCACCCUGACCCAGGCCCUCGUCCACCGCCACAACCUCGUCGUCCGCGAGAUCCCCCGCCAUCGCCGCCGCCGUCUCCCCACUUCCCCGGUGGAGUCCAUCCUCUUCCCCGACUGGGAGACCCUCCUCGUCCUCCCCCUCCCCUCCGCCUUCGCCGAUCAUCGCAACCUCUCCUGCCUCUUCCACAACGGCGCCGUCUCCCCCGCUGGCUUCGUCGGAACACUCCCCACCUCCCCCGCCCGCGCCGCCUUCCGCUGCCCGAUCCCCAACAGCAUCCGCCGCCUCCGCCCCUUCUACACGCCCCGCCUCAUCGACCCCACCACCGCCCCCGAGUCCGACGACCGCGGUCCCCCCUCCGAGAUGAUCCGGUGGACCCGCCUCGCCUACGAGGCCGUUUCCACCCCCGUCGAUGUCGUCGUCUUCGCCAAGGGCGUCAAUAUCCGCCAGGGCGUCGACCGCCCCGCCUCCGACCUCCGCUGCCUUUUUUCCUCCGGCGCCGCCACCCCCGCCACAAGCUCCGCCCAGGAGGUGUUCCGCUGCCCCCACCCCCCCGGCGCGAAAUCAAUGACCGGCGAGGCCCUCCGCGUCUCCCUCGAGAUCGGGACCGAGGGCACCCUAAUCCCCUCUCUGGCCAAUUACCACCGGCCACGUGCUCCCCCGCGCACACCCAGGGACCGCUCGCUAAUCUGCGCCUGUACCAUGGUCCGCAACGUCGCCAAAUUCCUCGCCGAGUGGAUCGUCUACCACUCGGCGAUCGGCGUCGAGCGUUUCUUCCUCUACGACAACGGCAGCGAUGAUGACCUGCACUCGGUGGUCAACCGACUCGGCUCGAACGGGUUCAACAUCUCGACCCGUUUCUGGCCCUGGCCCAAGACCCAGGAGGCCGGCUUCUCCCACUGCGCCGCUGUGAACCGGGACACGUGCACCUGGAUGGCCUUCAUCGACGUGGACGAGUUCAUCUUCUCCCAAGCCUGGGCCGGUUCGGAUACCCCGAACCGGACCAUGUUGGGUUCCCUCGUGGCGGUACGACCGGAUGUGGGUCAGGUCUCGAUGCGGUGCUUCGAGUUCGGGCCGUCGGGCCGGCGGGCGCACCCGAGAGACGGCGUAACACAAGGUUACACGUGUCGGCGCAGGACGGAGAAGCGGCACAAGUCGCUGGUCCGGCUCGACGCGGUGGACGACUCGUUGUUUAACUCGGUUCACCAUUUCGGCUUGAAAUCCGGGUUCAGGUGGACCAACCGUUCGGAGGCCAGCGUGUACCACUAUAAGUACCAAGCGUGGGAGGAGUUUAAAGUGAAGUUCAACAGGCGAGUAUCGGCUUACGUGGUGGACUGGAAGGAAACGGUGAACCUGAGUUCCAAGGACCGGACCCCCGGUCUUGGGUUCGAGCCGGUCGAGCCGAAGGGGUGGGCCGAUAGGUUCUGUGAGGUGAAUGAUACCCGGCUCAGGGAGGUGAAUCGGAGGUGGUUCGGCCUGGAGGGACCGCAGGGAGAGUAUAGAAUGGCAUGGGAGUAGGCAGGGAAAAGAGAGGUUAAGUGAGA